AUGGACAGUCUGGCAGGCGCGAUACCGCACCAGUCUCACAAGCGGAGCAACUCCCGGGUUAAGACGGAAAAGAAAAAGAAGAAGGACCUCGAGCGGAAGGGCAUCAAGGGCAAGCAAGCGCGCCACAACCCGAAGGCGUUCAGUUUCAGUGGCGGUCGCCAUGCCGUUCACCGACGAGUGCAGCACGCCAGCGAAGUCGAGGAGAGGCGGCUUCGACGUCCUCGCGUCUUCAAGGCAGCGGAGGUACCUCCGCCGUUUGUUGUGGUGGUGCAGGGACCUGCCGGAGUGGGCAAGACAACGCUGAUUCAAUCGCUAGUGAAGCAUUACGCCAAGCGCAAUGUCGCCGCCGUCAAGGGACCCAUUACGCUUGUCUCGUCGAAGGAGCGCCGACUCACCCUGAUCGAGUGCGGCAGCUCGAUGGUUGACAUGUUGGACUGCUGCAAGGUCGCGGAUUUGGUCCUGCUGAUGAUCGACUGUUCCUUUGGUUACGAGAUGGAGACUCUGGAGUUCUUGAACAUCAUGCAAACCCACGGGUUCCCAAGAGUGGUGGCAGUAGUGACGCACAUGGAGGGCUUUCCCGACAACAGCGUGCUGCGGAAGGUCAAGAAGCGGCUGAAGAACCGGUUCUGGGCAGAGAUUUACGAUGGCGCCAAGAUGGUGUACCUCAACGGCCUCAAAUACGGGAGGUACAAGAAAAACGAAAUUGUCAACGUCGCCAGAGCUAUCGCAUCGCAAAAACCAACUACAAUCUCGUGGCGACAGAGCCACUUCUACUGCGUUUGCCUGCGGCACGAGGUACUCGGGCCCACGUCGGGAAAAGAUUCCGGGAAAGUACGGGAUAAUUCCGGCAAGGCCAUCAACGGCAAAGGCGAGGAAGAUGGUGAUGAAGCUUCGGUGAGGGUGUCUUUUUACGGCUACGUGUACGGAUCACGUAUCGUGGGAAAGCAGGCUCUGCACAUCCCCGGCGUCGGGGACUUCAUACCGGAAUCGGUGACCAACAUGCAGGACCCCUGUCCUGUACAGACUGAGGGGCGCACGUUGAAGGACAAAAACCGCAACAUAUAUGCGCCUGAGUGUGACGUUGGCAAUGUCAUGCUGGACGAUGACGCCAUGUACAUCCAACUAGCACGUGCCAAAGAGCAUUUCACUGAAAUUGCUGACGAGGGCCCCAUCCAGUCGGAGGCUGUGAAAAUGGUUCGAGAACUCCAAAAAAGCGAGGACGCCCUGAAGUCACAACUGCGAUCGUAUAAGUUCAAGCCCGUGGGUUCGGCAGACGCACGGACCGACAAUGAGGAGGGUAGUGACAGUGAAGGCGAUGAUAGUGACGACGAAGACGAAGAGGGGGAUUAUGAUGUGGAGGAUGGAUAUAGUGAUGACGAGAACGGUGACGCAUCAGACGAUGAAGAUGAAAAUGAAGACGAAGAUGACGAGAAUGAUGAAAAUGAAGAUGACGAUGAAAAUGAAGAUGAAAGCGAAGAUGACGCUGAUGAUGUGGAAGGCAAUAUAUCGCAGAAAUUGAAGAACCGUACGAGGUCACGGAGGAACGAUCACGAAGGAGCAUCUGAUGGCGAUUCCAGUGAUAGCGAUGGUGUGGGAUAUAACGACCUUGAUGGCGCUUUUAGUUCGAGCGAGGACGAAAGCGACGCUUCUGUGGAGACCGAAGAAGAGCGUGAAGCGCUAAGCAAUCUGACGGACGAAAUUGCGACAAAGGUAUAUGGUACUGAGGCAGUUACGCCGUAUGACUUGGUGUUUACGGAUUUUUCGAGGCUCGAAGACGAUAAAUUCGAUAUGGAUUGGACUGAAGAGGCUAUGGCCAACCUCAGGUCGGAGUGCUUCCAAAACUAUACGGAUGAGGCUGGUGUCGGUGCCGACGAGGCUGCAGAGGCGGGGGUUGCGGACAAUGACCCUGAAAACGAAAAAUUGGCACGUAUAGAGGAGGCGGAGCAGAAGCGUUUGUACAACGAGGCUUUGGCGCUGUCAUCGGUUGGCAAUGUCGGGCAAUUCGUUCGCAUAACGGUGAAUGGGUUACCUCAUGACUUCCUGAAGCACCGCGACGCUAAUCGUGGUCGGCCGAUCAUCAUUGGUGGUUUGCAGAUGGGUGAACAGUCAUCUGGGUACAUACAGGUGAAGUUGCGCAAGCAUAGGUGGGCACCCCGGGUGCUGAAGACAAACGACCCGUUGCUGUUCUCUAUCGGAUGGCGUAGGUUCCAGUCGUUACCCGUCUACUGCAUGGACGAGCGUAACAACACGCGCAUAAAGAUGCUCAAGUACACCCCGGAGCACAUGCAUUGUCUGGCUAACCUGUAUGCCCCUCUGGCGCCGCCCAGCCUCGGAGUCGUCGCCAUCAAGGACUGGUCCCGCGUGCCGCACUACCGCAUAUCGGCAACUGGCGUUGUGGUGGGCACCAACCAGGAGUUCAACAUCAAGAAGAAGCUCAAGGUGCAGGGGUACCCCUACAAGAUCAUGAAGAACACUGCGUUCAUAAAGGACAUGUUCACGUCCGAGUUGGAGGUUAUCAAGUGUCAGGGAUCACGUAUUGUGACCGCUUCUGGUAUCCGUGGUGAGAUCAAGAAGCCGGUGGGCAAGAACGGUUCGUUCCGUGCAACCUUCGAGGACAAGAUUUUGAUGUCUGACUUGGUGCUGCUCAAGGCCUUCGUGUCGGUGCGCACCAAGCGGUUCUUCAACCCGAUGGUCGACUGGGAGGCGUUCCGCCGCGUGAGAACGAUGGCCGAGCUGCGCACCGAAAGCGGCAUCAAUCCCGACUCGGUGUACGAGCCCAAGGCGCUUUUGCGCAGGCCAACACGCAGGUUCAAUGCGAUCAGGAUCCCGAAGCCUAUCCUGGAGAAGUUGCCAUUCUCGUCUCGCCCAAAGGUGUACGAGAGCGAGCCUUCAAAGGAGACCAUGGGCCACUCAGAGUACGAGAGCGCAGUUGCGGCAGUGAUGCAGCGCCUGAUGACCAUCCGGAAGAGCCGCCUCGAGAAGCGCAAGGCGGACCAGGAGAAGCACAAGGCAAAGCUGAUGAUCGAGGAGGAGAAGCGUGUGGAGGCCUCAAAGGAGAGGCUGAAGAACGUCAAGAAGCAGCGAUACAUGAAGCGCGGCAUGGCCGAAGCUGCCAAGCGCGCGAAGAUGUGUUUGGAUUGA